AUCCGAUGGAUAAUGCACGCGCGAACGGUUCAAGCGUGGGGAUUCACACCAUCACUCUCCCACUCGCUCCCCUCCGACCUCCGCCAUGGCCAUGGCCGCCGCCGCUCUCCCACUCCUCCGUCCUCCCCUCCCCAAACCCGCAACCCCACCACUACACGCCCUGCCACCUCCCACCCUACUCCACCCCAAACCGCGCCCUCAUCCUCGCCCCCUCCUCUUCCUCCUCCCGCGCCGCCGCCGCCGCCGUGGCGACCCCAUCGCCGCCUUCCCCACCGCCGCGUCCGUCUCCGCCUCCACUGUCCACGACGCCCGCGAGGCCGAGGCCGCCGUCGCAGAGCUCCUCCGCGAGAGCGGCGCCUCCCCGGCCGACGCCGCCGCAAUCGCCGCGCGCGCGCCGGCCUACGCCGCCAUGCUCGCCGACGGCGUCCGCGACCUGGACGAGCUCGGACUCUGGGCGUCGUGGAGCUCCUCAGGCGCUGGAGCCCGGGUGGGCCGCGGCGGGGCCGUUGAGAUGGGGAGCCUCGGGUUCGGGAGGAAGGUGUACUACAUGGGAAGGAGCAGACGCGACCACGCCGUGGUGCCGCUCCUCGAGAGCGUCGGGGUGCGGCUCUCCUCCGCCAAGCUCAUCGCGCCCUACGUCUCGGCCGCCGGCCUCCCUGUGCUGAUUGAGAGGGUUAAGUUUUUGAAGGAAAUGUUAUUUUCAAGCAGUGGUUAUGCAAUGCUAAUCGGAAGGAAUGCUAAGCGCAUGAUGAUGCACUUAUCAAUACCUGCAGAUGAUGCACUCCAAAGUGCCUUAUCAUUUUUUGAAAAAAUGGAGGCUAGGUAUGGUGGUGUUAGCAUGUUGGGACAUGGAGACGUGUCAUUUCCGUAUCUCAUUGAAUCAUUUCCAAUGCUUCUUCUCUGCUCAGAGGAUAAUCAUCUCAAGCCAUUAAUUGAUUUUCUUGAGUGCAUUGGAAUUCCGAAGGAAAGGAUUGCAUCAGUUCUGCUGUUAUUUCCUCCUAUUAUCCUUUCUGAUGUUGAAAAUGAUAUUAAGCCAAGGAUUCAUGAAUGGGAGAAGGCUGGCAUCGAACAAGAAUAUAUUGGUAGGAUGUUGUUGAAGUAUCCAUGGAUUCUUUCAACAAGUGUGAUAGAGAACUACAGGCCGAUGCUUUUGUUCUUCAACCGAAAAAAGAUUUCCAGUACAGUCCUUGGUAUUGCUGUGAAAAGUUGGCCUCAUAUUCUUGGCUGUUCUACAAAAAGAAUGAAUUCAAUUCUGGAACUAUUUGAUGAUCUGGGCAUCAGUAAGAAAAUGGUGGUUCCAGUUAUUACAUCAAGUCCACAGUUGUUGCUGAGAAAACCUAACGAGUUUCUGCAGACUGUUUUCUUUUUCAGAGAAAUGGGUUUCGAUAAGAAAACCAUGGGAAAGAUUUUGUGUCGUUCUCCCGAAAUAUUUGCUUCAAAUGUGGACAGUACCCUCAAGAAGAAAAUCAACUUUCUUAUCGAUUUUGGUGUUUCCAAACAUCAUCUUCCUCGCAUCAUUAGGAAAUAUCCAGAGCUUUUAUUGUUGGACAUAAAUCGUACAUUGCUCCCCAGAAUGAACUACCUAUUGGAGGUGGGUUUGUCUAAGAAAGAUGUGCGCUCAAUGAUCUUUAGAUUUUCCCCACUUCUGGGUUACAGCAUCGAGCUUGUUAUGAAACCCAAGCUUGAAUUUCUACUAAGAACCAUGAAGAAGCCACUUAAAGCUAUUGUAGAAUAUCCAAGGUACUUCAGUUAUUCACUGGAGGGGAAGAUAAAACCACGGUUUUGGGUACUGCAGAGUAGAAACAUAGACUGCAGUCUGACAGAUAUGUUUGCAAAGAACGAUGAACUUUUUGCUGAGGAGUACUUAGGAAUAGGAGGAUUACUUGAGAAACCUCUACAAUGAAGCAAAGAUGGUUAAUUUCUGGACUCAACCAUGCAAUGCACUAUGCCUGAACUUCACAGCUUUAUGCUUCCACUGCAGAGGCUGUUUUUCUGAUGGGAAGCCACUUUUCCAGUGCUCGGUAUUAAAAAGGUUCAGGGCUUCAGGCAAACAAGGGAAAUUACGAAAUAAUGUGGUUUCCAGCUAGGAGCAAAAAGAAAAAGGAUGCUCUUCACCUUUGUGUGAAUGCCUACAGGAAUCGAUGCUGGCCAUAAUUCUCGAGGAAUUAUCCGUCACGCAACCCAUAGUCCCUAUCAAUCUCUUUCUCAUGGAAUUGAAGCCUCUCUAUUGCUUCUUGCAUCUACGUCAAUCUGAGCUGUGGGCUGACCAAAGGUGGUCGCUACACCCUUGACAACCGAUCACAACAGAGAUGCCAAAUGCCAAUGGUGUGUGCUGCUUCCUUGUGCAUACCCAGCUUUGCAUUCUGGCCAUGGCCUCACUAGCAAAGAUUAACUCUUGUUGUUGCAACGGCCUGCUGGUAUUUCGACUGUAAAAAGGCGUACACACAUCAUAUUUCUUACAAAUCCUCUACAGUCGAUGAUGUGGCCUUUGAUUAUGGGGGAGUAGAUGGUGAAAUCAUGUUUUGUGUUAUCCGGAUCAAAUAAAUCUGAUGGAUGAGAGCUUGGAUUGUAAUGGUGUCUAAGAAAACAUUAUUAUCUAUACCAUUGCCCUUUCUUUUCA